ACAUUAGUUUCACAGCCUUCUGGGAAAUGUCGUUUCUUUAUUCUUCAGCUGCGGAAAGUUCUAAGGCUGUGGACUACCAUUCCCGUGAGGUAGUGCGCAAUACACCCCAUUCGCGGCGUCUUCGAACGUGCCGCGGCAGCCAUGUUGGACGUGGCCAACACAGGGGCCGGCACCAGGGGGUUGUAGAAGCAGCAGCUGUCAUGAUGCUGGGGUCCCUGGUGUUGAGUAGAACAGCGCUGGCGCCGCGGCUCCUCAACCGACUGCUUAAGUCUCCAUCACUCCGUAGCCAUGGAGGCACCUCUGGCCGGAGCUUAACUACCGGAGGCCGUGGAGAGCCUCAAUGGCUGAGGGCAGCCUCAGGGGGGCGCCCUGGGACAGCGCCAGCCUUGCUCGCUGGACGAGGGGCAGCCACUGGGGGGCGUCGGGGAGGACGUGCGGAGCCCCAGUGCUUUGCAGCCACCACGUGGGGACGCCUUCCUAGCUCUGAAGAAACAUUCCCUGGACAAGAUGGCUGGAGUGGGGUCCCAAACAGAGCUGGACUGGGCAUGUGGGCCCUGGCCACGGCGCUGGUGGCUCAUUGCUACAGCAAGAACCCAUCCAACAAUGAUGCAGCCCUGGUGGAAGCUGCUCGUGCCAACAAUAUCCAGGAAGUCCGCAGGCUGUUGUCAGAAGGUGCAGAUGUCAAUGCAAGGCACAAACUUGGUUGGACGGCUCUCAUGGUGGCAGCCAUCAGCCGAAAUGACAGUGUGGUGCAGGUCUUGCUUGCCGCUGGGGCUGACCCCAACCUUGGAGAUGAUUUCAGCAGUGUUUACAAGACCUCCAAGGAACAGGGAAUCCAUUCUCUGGAAGUCCUGGUCACCCGAGAGGAUGACUUCAACAACCGGCUGAACAAUCGCGCCAGCUUCAAAGGUUGCACAGCUUUGCACUACGCCGUCCUUGCUGAUGACUACCGCACCGUCAAGGAGCUGCUUGAUGGAGGAGCCAAUCCUCUGCAGAGGAAUGAAAUGGGACAUACACCCUUGGAUUAUGCUCGAGAAGGAGAGGUGAUGAAGCUUCUGAGGAGUUCUGAGGCCAAGUACCAGGAGAAGCAGCGGAAGCGUGAGGCCGAGGAACGCCGCCGCUUCCCUCUAGAGCAGCGACUGAAAGAACAUAUCAUUGGCCAAGAGAAUGCCAUUGCCACAGUGGGUGCUGCUAUCCGGAGGAAGGAGAAUGGCUGGUACGACGAAGAACACCCUCUGGUCUUCCUCUUCUUGGGAUCAUCUGGAAUAGGAAAAACAGAGCUGGCCAAACAGACAGCCAAAUAUAUGCACAAAGAUGCCAAAAAGGGCUUUAUCAGGUUGGACAUGUCUGAGUUCCAGGAGCGACAUGAGGUGGCCAAGUUUAUUGGGUCUCCACCAGGUUACAUCGGCCAUGAGGAGGGUGGCCAGCUGACCAAGAAGCUGAAGCAGUGCCCCAAUGCCGUGGUGCUCUUCGAUGAAGUGGAUAAGGCCCAUCCAGAUGUGCUCACCAUCAUGCUACAGCUGUUUGAUGAGGGCCGGCUGACAGAUGGAAAAGGGAAGACCAUUGACUGCAAAGAUGCCAUCUUCAUCAUGACCUCCAACGUGGCCAGUGACGAGAUCGCACAGCAUGCGCUACAGCUGAGGCAGGAAGCUUUGGAGCUGAGCCAUAACCGUAUCGCUGAGAACCUUGGGGAUGUCCAGAUUAGUGACAAGAUCACCAUCUCAAAGAACUUCAAGGAGAAUGUGAUUCGCCCUAUCCUAAAAGCUCACUUCCGGAGAGAUGAGUUUCUGGGACGGAUCAAUGAAAUAGUCUACUUCCUCCCCUUCUGCCACUCGGAGCUCAUUCAACUAGUCAACAAGGAACUGAACUUCUGGGCCAAGAGAGCCAAACAAAGGCACAACAUCACGCUGCUCUGGGACCGCGAGGUGGCAGAUGUGUUGGUCGACGGCUACAAUGUGCACUAUGGUGCCCGCUCCAUCAAGCAUGAGGUAGAGCGCCGCGUGGUGAACCAGCUGGCGGCAGCCUAUGAGCAGGAUCUGCUGCCAGGUGGCUGUACUCUGCGCAUUACUGUGGAGGACUCAGACAAACAACUUUUCAAGAGCCCUGAGCUGCCCUCACCCCAAGCUGAGAAGCGUCCCCCCAAGCUUCGGCUGGAGAUCAUCGAUAAGGACAGCAAGACUCACAAACUGGACAUCCGGGCACCACUACACCCUGAGAAGGUGUGCCACACACUCUAACAUAUACGUGCCUAUACAUGCCCUCAACAUCCAAUAAAGGCCCCAUGGCUGUGGCAUGGCAACUGACCUAUCUUCCCCUCAUGCCUCUUCC